AUGGACCGCCCAAGCUCCAGAAGCAAGCAGACUCAUGCGGCCUCUGAUGGCAAGUGGCCCACGAUGCCCGGCCAAUAUCCCCAGACAAGCGUCUUCCCGUGGCCCAUCAUACAAAAUGUCAGCGCCCCGAAGCCGCAGCAGCGGUCGCCUUCCCCCGUCGUUGUAGAUCCGACGGUAGAGAAGCUGCUCCAGUGGAGCGCCGGCAUCGACAAGAGCAUUGUUGAGGUCAAUCAGAAGCUCGAGUUCCUCCUCCACGAGACCAAGGCCUUCCGCGGGAUGGAGACGCACUACAAGAAGCUCCAGGAGCAGACGGCCCUGGGCACGAACUUGGCCAACUCCUGCCAGCGUCUCGACAUCCAUCAGCAGAACAUCUUGGACACCGCGCAGAAACUCGGCAAGACCAUGAAGCAGGUUGAGUCCCUGUCCCAUGACAUCGACCGGCUGAAGGAUGGCAACGAAGUCACUGUAUCGAUCAAGCCUACCCGAAAGUGA